GCAGGUUAGUAAGGUUAAUAUUUUAGAGGUCAUCACCCGGGCUAAUUCCUUGCGCGGUUCAAGCUGCUGUCGAUAAAAUGUCGGAGCAGAUUACCGUUGAGAACUGCUAUGAGAUUUUGACAAUAGCCAAAAGGCAACGUAUCGGUGAAUUGAAGCAGAAAGCCUACAAGCACAUGAGUGACAAUUUCUUGGAAAUACUGCGUGAUCCUGCUGUCUAUGGGCGUUUGACGGGAGGGGAGAGAGAGCUGAUUCUCACUAUGAGAAUGGAGGGAAAGAGGGCGUUGGUGGUGGCUGAAAUCAACGAGGUGUAUGACCGCGCCGGGAGCAGACCUCCAAGCCGUGAGAACAGUCGCCCUCAGAGCCCUCUAUCGAUGGUGUCCCUGGAGGAGAACCAUGUGAUUUACUAUUACAACGAGGAGACAAAGGACUGGAAAGUGCUGACGAAGAUGCCGGAUGAAAUCAACACAAAGGGCUCUGGGAUAUGCACCAUGUACAAUUAUCUAUUCGUAGCAGGUGGAAUCAAAGUGCAGGGCGACAAAGGCAAGGUCUCAGACAAGGUGUUCUGCUACAACCCUCUCACUGACAGCUGGGGCGAAAUACGACCGCUCACCCAGGGUCGGUCUCAGCUCAAGCUGGUGUCCAUGGACGGCUACCUGUUUGCAAUCGGAGGGGAGUGUCUAUUCACGGUGGAGAAAUACGACCCUCGCACUGAUAGAUGGAGCCCUGUGGCGCCGCUACCAAAAGGGGCGUUCGCUGUUGCGCACGAGGCAACGACCUGUAAUGGAGAGCUUUUCGUAUCCGGAGGCUCUCUCUUUUAUCGUCUGCUAAGAUAUGACAAUAGAAGAGCUGAUUGGGAGGAAUGCCCGUUCAACAACAGCAGGAAGAAAUCCACCGACAUGGUGGCGUUCAAAAACUUCAUCUACAGGUUUGACGUCAACCGUGACUAUGGCGUCAACGUGUUCAAAUACAACACUGUGGUGAAAAUAUGGCAUGACAGUGCGUCCCUGGAGCAGACCAACCCCUUGCCCUUUCGCUGUGCUGUCAUUGGCAACACUAUUUACUGUGUGAACAAGUCCCAAACAUUGCAGUUUGUUGUGGAAGAGGAGAAUGAACAGUUUCUGCCUGAUGCAGAAGCACUCAGAGCACCUGUAGAGGCUAAAGGUGCCCUUGUUCCAUUUGUCCUGGCUCUGCCUAAAACAGCCUGAGACAGAAUAAUGCACAAUAUUUACCUGUUUUUGGAGACUCACUAAAAGCGGCCUCAGAAAUGUCAUUUGAGGACAAAAUAUGCAGUGUUUGAUAAAAGACUGUGAUAAGAAUGACAAAUUAAAUAAUUUGUCAAUUUUCAUGAACAGUAUUUGUAAUUCCUACCAGAGGACAGUAAUAUUGUGAUAGGCUCCUCUUAUCUUGCCUCUGUGGCUAUACACUUCAACAGCUCUACAGAAACAAUGUAGCCUACUGUAUAGACCUAGGUGAUGUCAAUAGGCAGAACUUUUUCAUCCAACAGCACUGCCAAAGCAAUAUUUAUUCCCAAGUGUUUGUAAUUCAAUGUCAAUAUAACUAUUGCAUGAUUCCAAUAGUUUUCCUCUCUGAGAGUAUUACCUGUUAUUACUAAGUGGAAACAUUGCCGUGUGCUUUCUUGGAGUAGGAAUAAAACGUGUUGCAAAGCAGCUGUUGCCAAAACCAGGGGAGAGAUACACAAUGGGAGAUAACAGGGAUCACUGUUGGUAUAAUAUUACCUACUAUGACUUUAUUACAGGGAAUGAUAGAACAUCCCACCGUAUGGUAAAGGAUUAGCAGCAUCAAGAAACCCAUUUGAAUGUCUAAGGAAAGUCUGGUUUGAGUGGCUAUAUUGUCUGUUAGUCUGUGGCCUGGAUAAUGACAUGUAUUUUUCACAUUACUUUAAGUAUGUUGUCUUCCAAACCCUCUCAGCCCUGAUGCCCUGACCACAGGCGGACAGUCUCAUUUUACAGCUGGGCAUAUUGACCCAUAACGCCAACUCUCCAAAAUGUGCUUAGUUAGGCACUAAAGAUAUUUGUGAGAUUCAUGUUUUUUGACACCUUAGAGUAUUUUUUUUAAUUUGUAUUUUUUUGUUACACUUUUCACCCUUGUCUGCGGCGAUUGUGCAAUAGUUUAUUUAUCAAUCCAUCAAUGGACAGCAGUUUGUGAAACUAAUGUACUCAACAGCAUGUUGUGAAAUUCACAGUUGGGAUAGUUGCUGUUGCAGCACAGCUUCCUUUUAUUUAUUUAACCUUUAUUAACCUUCCUUUUAGA